AUGGCUGGUUUAUUCAAGAACCCAUUCGGUGGCUCCCAGCCAUCAGCUGCGGCGGAGGUCGAUGAUGACUUCGCAGACUUUGUCGAACCGUCUGCGGCAUCCGUCGCUGCCGCUGCUUCGUCGUCAUCGAGUCCCGUUCUUUUCGGCACUCAGGCUACCGACAAGCCUGUUGUCCCUUAUACGAAAUGGUAUCGGGUGUGGGAGCGGACCUCGCCCAAGGAUUUCAUACAGGAGGCAAUGAUCAUGCCGUUCAUUCUGCUGAUCGUUGUCUUCCAUCUGUGGGGUACGCGCAAGAACAGACGCAAGGCGAGGGAAUGGACGCGGGCGCAUGCACCGGCACUGCAGAGCGAAUUUGCCGUCGUGGGCUUCAGUGGGAUCCCGAAGAAGACUAAACUAGACGGUGAUGUCGGGUCUACUGCGGAGCUCGUUGCGCCCGAGUCCCUGCUCAAGGAGAAGUCGGCGCAGGAGUUCGUUACCUAUGCCACUGGACGGCAGAAUGUUGCAUUCCUCGACGUGGCCAUCCGCCUGCCUAAGCGCUAUAAUCCGAUCACUUACGCCAUGGAGUAUGCUUUUAGCUUCUUCUUCGAGAGCUGGCCCGUGCCUGCUGAGACGGUCGAGGCCAUCUCGUACGCGUUUGAUGGCAAGGAGAAGGACCUGGUUCCCGUCCCCGGUAAGGACACGUCGGUGUUGAAAGUGGCCAAUUCCGGCUACGAUAACUUCAUUUGGGCCGUUGUGCAUAAGGGAUAUAUGCGCAAGUUCCGUCAGGAUCGUUAUGAUGCCUCCAUGACCUUCACCAGGGACAACUCUAAGCUUCCUCCCUGGGUGACCGUGAUGACGGAGAGUGCCGAGAUCACCGAUGUUCUUCUCACCCCGGAGCUUAUUACGGCCAUUGAGAAGGCGGGUGAUGCGCUGGAAUUCUUGAUCAUUACGGAUCAGCCUGUUGACAAGCCUAUGAAACUCGAAGAGACUGCCCCGAAGAAACGCAUCCACCUCUCACUCAACCUCUCCGCCUCUGACCCUGGUUACGCAUCGACCAUUCCGCUGUUCACCCAGUUCCUCCGUUUGACUGACAGGCUCGUCGCUUCGGCCCAUUUCCGUCCCGAGGUGACGCGCAAGGUCCGUCACGCUCGCGAGGAAGAAAUCAAGAGACUCCGCCGCGCCGACGAGGAAGAGAAGGCCGAGGAACGCAAGCUUGCAGCGGAGAAGCUGAAGAAGGAGGAACGGGAUCGUCUCCUUCGAAGCAUGUCUGCUGAGGACCAGCGGAAGUUCCUGGAGCGUGAGAAGGAGAAGGAGCAGAAACGUUCCGUGAAGAAGUACACCCGCCGCGGAUGA